AUGGAGGUCGAGGGGACCAUGAAGAGGUGGCUCCAGCUGGCAUCAGAGCGAGAGUGUGGGCGCAAGAGCAGACUUUUGAUAAAGGAGGCUGGAGAGAUCAUUUUCACCUUGCUGUUUGGGUCUCUGUCCCACACUCGGCCGGCUCUCAAAUCUAUCGGCGCCCUACGCGUUCAGCUCUCAAAUCUAUCGGCGCCCUUAGCGUCCGGCUCUCAAAACUAUUGGCGCCCUACGCGGCCGGCUCUCAAAACUAUUGGCGCCCUACGCGGCCGGCUCUCAAAACUAUUGGCACCCUUCGCGUCGGCCCUCAAAUGUAUUGGCGCCCUGCGCGGCCGGCUCUCAAAAGUAUUGGCGCCCUUCAUGGGCACACACUUGUCCUUCUUCUCUUUCUGUGUUGAGUCGUUCCUGUUGAAAUGUAUAUUCUCUCUCUCUUUCUUUCUUUGUGUAGGAGUGAAAAUGAUAUUCCGUGUGGGCUUGGUGUUGUUGACGUCCAUGCUGGGUACUCGGGAUAAGGCCUGUCCGGGUCAGUACGAGACCAUGGAGGUCCUCAGAGCGAUUGAGCCCAGAUACAUGCGGGAGGGCUUCUUAGUGCUCCAGGUUCUGGAGUUGCAGGUAUCGGCACAGGACAUGGAACGUGAGCAACGCACACAGCUGAAGCGUUGGAAGAAGAAGCGCGGUGAGCCCGGCCCCAAACUCCCUCAGAGAAUGCACAGUGCUCGCGCCAUCAUGGCCACCAAGCCUCAUACACACCAAGAUCUCUGCCAGAAACCCACCAUUAUGGUCUAGUACCCAUCGAUCCCUGAGGAAAAGUCCGAGCCGAACCUCAGGAAGAAGAGAGGGAGCCUGAAGAAAAACCAAGCCCUCAUUACUAACCCCUACGUGCUACCUGGCGAGUCUAAACCUAGUCAGAUAUUGGACUUACAGCUUCUGAACCAGGAAAAUCUAAAUCUUGUACUUCCAAAUCCACCAUCACAUCCACCACGGCUCCCUACAAUGCAGGAAAAUCAGGUCAAAGAGACGAGCACUUCUACAGAGCGACUCGUGCAUCGUACUCGAAUUCCUCCAUCGAUAAGAAACCGGCGGAAUCUAUCCCUCUGCAACAUCUAUCCCUCCUAACUGCUCCUGUACACGGAUCACCUUCAGCGUGGCGUUCUCACCUGCUGAAAUGUCCUCCUGUCCAAUCCAGAGAACCUGACCAUGAUGAGCUCCCUAAUAAUACAGAAAACUCAGCCACCAUUUUGGAUCCAUCUACAGACUCAAGCCCUCUGCUUAUGCACAAAGCACCUGCCACCCACGACUCGCCUGCUGCUCCCGAGUACAAAAACAACACGCUGCGCAACUCCAGACCGAGCAUUAACAGCUCAGAGGACACGUACCUGUAACUCGCUCACUGUCGCCACCUGGUGGCUAGG